GCGGCUCUUCUGCGCAAGCGUUGACCCCUCCGGCGCUCCCUCCCUGCCAGGUGGCGCUGUCCCUCGACGUAGCGCGGUGACGUCAUACGCCGGCGAGGGUCCGUUUUGAGCUAUGGCGGCAGCGGCGGGUAGUGAGGGGGGCGCGGUCUUGCUCCAUCCGGCGGCAUCCGCUGCCAUCCGCCACCGGAACCGCCCCCGUGGACCGGCGAUGAAGCGGAGGCGCCCCGGGACAGCUCAGGGCUGGGCGCUUCUCCCUUACAGAGCUCAGUGGCUGCUGCCGUGAGGUGCUGUGGGGCGCGGUGCAUGCUGGGAAGGGUAGCUCUCCGUGAGGCCUGACCGAUGAGAGCGGGGAUCACCGGGCCCGGGGGGCUGCGUGUCCCCGGGGUGAGCAGGGAUCACCGGGCCGGGGCUCCCACUGGGAUGAUGAACAGGAUGGACGGAGGAGGACACCGGGAGUGAGAAGAUGGGUUCAACGGCCAUGCGUUGUAAUUAACUGAACUGUGGAAAAUCUGAGAGAUUUUUGUGAAAGCUACCAGGAAAACUGGCUGACAGCCUCGUUGGAUGCCAGCAUGGGGGUCCCUUUUCUGCUGACCUUCACCUUGGGCACAUCAUUCCCAGAGCUCCCCAGUUAUCCUGGGGGUUUAACUGGGAACACUGGGAUGAGAACACAGCUAUGUUGACCAGCAGCAUCUUAAUAAAUAAACGGGUUUUCCUGCCUGUGGUGACGUGACCAGUGACCAUCCCCCCUGUAUCCCCCAAAACCGUGUCCCAAGGGAUGGGUGUGGUCGGGAGUUGACAACCCCCAAAUUUGGGUGUCUACAAGGAUGUCACCCUGGGUGACGAGGGGUCCUCACCGCGCCUGCGCGGCAGUUGGCGGUACAGGAAGCCGGCGCAGCUCUGGGGAGAGGGGGAGAAGGGAAGUGGGUGCUGCGGCAUGGCGGAGCUGGAGGGUCCCGAAUUCGGGAAAGCUGAUUUCGUCCUCCUGGAUGAGGUGACCAUGGAGCAGUUCCUGGAGAACCUGCGCCUGCGGUUCUCGCAGGGCCGCAUCUAUACCUACAUCGGGGAGGUGGUGGUGGCGGUGAAUCCAUACCAGGCACUGGCACUUUACGGGCCACCGAUGGUGGAGCGCUACCGUGGCCGCGAACUCUACGAGCGCCCGCCUCAUCUCUUUGCCCUAGCUGAUGCUGCUUACAAGGCCAUGAAGCGCCGUGCUAAGGACACCUGCAUUGUCAUCUCGGGUGAGAGCGGGGCAGGCAAGACAGAGGCCAGCAAGUACAUCAUGCAGUACAUAGCUGCCAUCACCAACCCCACCCAGCGCGCUGAGGUGGAGAGGGUGAAGAAUGUGCUGCUCAAGUCCAACUGCGUCCUGGAGGCUUUCGGCAAUGCCAAGACCAACCGCAACGACAACUCCAGCCGCUUUGGCAAGUACAUGGACAUCAACUUCGACUUCAAGGGUGACCCCACUGGCGGCCACGUCCACAACUACCUGCUGGAGAAGUCCCGAGUCCUCCAGCAGCAACCAGGAGAGAGGAACUUCCAUGCCUUUUACCAGCUGCUGCUGGGUGCCCCGGCAGCACUCCUGACCUCGCUGCACCUCUGUCGGGACCCCAGCACCUACCGCUACACCCGGGAGGGUGCCCAGGGUGACGCCUGCACAGAUGACGCAUCUGGCUACCGGGCGGUGGAGGAGGCGAUGGCCGUGAUCGGCUUCUCCCCGGAGGAGAUAGGCUCUGUGCGCCGGAUCCUGGCUGCCAUCCUGCACCUGGGCAACCUCAGGUUCACACAGGAGGAGGAGAUGACAUUGGUGGAGGACACAUCAGGGGUCUCGGUGCUGGCCGAGCUGACGGCCACGGCCCCUGACAGCCUGCACCAGGCGCUCCUGACCCGCACCGUGGCGGCUGGCGCUGGGGAACUCAUCGAGAAGGGCCACAGCCCCAAGGAGGCCGCGUAUGCCCGCGAUGCCUGUGCCAAGGCCAUCUAUGAGCGGCUCUUCUGCUGGAUCGUGGGGCGCAUCAACGCUGGCAUCGCUGCCCGCGGGUACGAUGCGCGUGUGCACGGUAAGAGCACAGUCAUUGGCGUGCUCGACAUCUACGGCUUUGAGAUCUUCGACACCAACAGCUUCGAGCAGUUCUGCAUCAACUACUGCAAUGAGAAGCUGCAGCAACUCUUCAUUGAGCUGAUCCUGCGGCAGGAGCAGGCCGAGUACCAGCGGGAGGGCAUCACCUGGCAGAGUAUCGAGUACUUCAGCAAUGAGCCCAUCGUGGAGCUGGUGGAGCAGCCUCACCGUGGCAUCCUGGCGCUGCUGGACGAGGCCUGCCUGGCUGCAGGGACUGUCACUGACUCCCUCUUCCUUGCCUCCAUGGACACCCGCCUGGGCCACCAUCCCCACUACACAAGCCGCAAGCUCUGCCCCACAGACAAGACCAUGGAGUUCAACCAGGACUUCCGCAUCAAGCACUACGCAGGAGAUGUCACGUACUCAGUGGAAGGGUUCCUGGAUAAGAACAAGGAUACGCUCUUCCAGGACUUCAAGCGUCUCUUCUACAACAGUGCGGACCCUGUGCUGCAUGCCAUGUGGCCUGACGGCGAGCAGAGCAUCACCGAGGUCACCAAGCGCCCGCUGACCACUGGCACACUCUUCAAGAACUCCAUUGUGGCCCUGGUGGAAAACCUCGCCUCCAAGGAGCCCUACUACGUGCGCUGCAUCAAGCCCAAUGACCAGAAGUCUCCAACGCUUUUUGACGUGGAGCGCUGCCGGCACCAGGUCUCCUACCUGGGGCUGCUGGAGAACGUCCGUGUGCGCCGUGCCGGGUUUGCCUACCGCCAGCCCUACCACCGCUUCCUCCUGCGGUACAAAAUGACCUGUGAGUACACGUGGCCCAACCACCUGAUGGCCAGUGACCGGGAGGCUACGCAAGCCCUCCUGGAGCAGCACGGCUUCCAGGACGAUGUGGCUUACGGCCACACCAAGGUCUUCAUCCGCACACCCCGUACCCUCGUCUGCCUCGAGCAGGAGCGGGCGCAGCUCAUCCCCAUCAUUGUCCUGCUGCUGCAGAAGGCCUGGCGCGGAGCCCUGGCACGCCGGCGCUGCCGGUACCUGCGGGCAGCCUACACCAUCAUGGCCUGCUACAAACGGCACAAGGUGGCGAGCGCGGCAGAUCAUCAAGAACAUCCCCCCAUCAGAGAUGGGGCAGAUCCGGGCCAAGGUGGCUGCCAUGGUGGCACUGGGAGGGCUGCGGGAGGCCUGGGGCUGCCAGCGCAGCUGGGCACGGGAUUACCUCUCCUCGCCCAGCGAGAACCCGGCGCUGGCGCUGCUCUUCGCCCGCCGCCUCCAGAGCCUCAAGGACAAGGUGCAUUUUGGCUCCGUUCUCUUCUCCUGCCAUGUCCGCAAGAUAAACCGCUUUGGGAAGAGCCAGGAUCGGGCCAUCUUGGUGACAGACCAGCAUGUCUACAAGCUGGAUCCCCGGAAGCGUUACCUGAUGAUGCGGGCGAUACCCCUCAGCACCGUGACAGGCCUGAGCGUGACAAGCUGCCGGGCGCAGCUGGUGGUGUUCCACACCCAGAGCCAGGAGGACCUGGCCGUGUGCCUGCACAAGAUGCAGCCAGCGGGGGACAACCGGGUGGGAGAGCUGGUGGGGGUCCUGCUGGAGCACUGCCGCACGACCAAGCGGGAGCUGCAGGUCCGGGUCUCCGACUGCAUCCAGCUGAGCUUCCGCGGGCGCCGGCGGCUGCUGACAGUGGAGACACGGCCGGAUGCGGCCACCCCGGAUUUCAGCAAGAGCCACGAUGGCUUCGUGCUUUACUGGCCCGGGAAAUGAGGGAGGGCAGCUGGUCCAUCACCCCCUGCCCACACUCUGCCCCACCGGCCUCUGCUGCGGCCUCACUGCUGCCCUGUGACCCCCAACCCUGCAUCUCCCCCGGGACCAUCCCAAAACCUCUGUGUGCACUGGGAAUAAAGAGCUGGCUGAGACCCACAUAGC